AUGAUGUAUAUACUCGUUUUGUGGCCGGUUUUGCUCGCAUCUGCUGUGCUGACUCUGACUAUAGACUCAUUGCUGGGAACAUCAAUUGAAGACUGUUUUGAACGUGUUGCGAUUGGAGAGCAAAUCCCUCUGGACGCCAUUUAUCGGAAUGUGUCGGAACUAACAACGAAAGAAUGCGAGCAAAUCUGCAAGCAAGAUAAACAGUGCCAAACUUACGAUUAUGGCGUGGGUGCAAAAGGAAACUCAACAUGCGAUCUUAGCAACGUGAACGAAAAGCAAAUCAAAGAAGAUAAACUUCUUAUACGUAAUCCAGACUACGAUGUUUAUGUCAGACGGAUCCAAUGUGAGCAGUCACCACCCACUCCUAUGGACCAAGAAGUACUAGAAAAUAUUCCAUUACACCGUCCAGUUAUUAGACCUGAUGAAGAUAAGCGUCCAUUAGCAGAUGAAUACUAUGAGCGUCCCUAUGAAGCGGAUAGACAAACAAAACCAUAUGGAAACCAAGAUAGGCCAGACAGUUAUGAUUCCCGACCGGCUGAGGAUAGACCCCCGAGCUACGGAGCUCAUACUCCACAAGAAAUUCCUUACAGACCACGCCCGGAAAGACCAGACGAUAGACCCCCUAGCUAUGGACUUCACAGGCCUCAAGAAAUCCCAUAUAGACCAAGUCCAGAUCAGAGGCCAUCCAGUUAUGGAUCACAUAGACCACAAGAAGUGCAAUAUAGUUCAAGACCUGACAGGCCGGAUGAUAGGCCCCCAAGUUAUGGACCAAGACCUGAGGAACACUACCGACCAGACAAAAGACCCCCAAGUUAUGGAUUUUAUGAACCAGAGCGAGUUCCUCACCGACCAGAAAGGCCAGAAAGUCCAUACAUUAGACCGGACAAUUCAUACGAUAGGCCUCCAAGUUAUGGAUUGCACAGACCACAGGAAACUUCAUACCGUCCUAUAGAUAAUGUUACUCAGAAACCACGACCAGCUUAUUAUCCUCAAGAGCAAGACAUUUAUCGACCAAAGCCAGAAACACCUGAAUAUCAAUAUUUCACUCGACCUAAUCGAAGACCUAGCUAUGACAGACCCAUAGAUUCAAAGCCAAAUUAUAGCUACAAUAGCCAAUAUGCUAGUAACUAUGGCAGCUCACAAGAUAAUUCAAUCCAUGUAGAAAUAUAUGACCCACCACGAUUUAAGCCUGCUCAAAGGCCUUACCAUGAAUAUAGUCAGGGUUCAUCAGGAUAUGGUCAAGGCUAUGGAUAUCAUCAAACAAGUUCAAGCCAAGGCAACUAUGGACUUCAAGAAAGCUAUAUUUAUGAAAGUAAACCUCAAGCGAAUGGUGGAUAUGGUCCAAAUAAAUUUGACCAAAUAAGCCAUGGUUAUGGAAGCACAACCCGCCAGCCCAUUUCUCAAACUAACAAGCCCCAAGGUGAUCGCGAUAGCUACGGCAUAAGUUCUUCUAGCUAUGGAAGUGGUCAAUCUUCAAGCAGUGCAUAUGGUAGCAGUCAAACGUCUGUAAGUGCUCAAAAUGUGGGGGGUGGUUACGAAAGUUCUGGUACCGGUGGAAGUUCCACUUCCAUCAAUGGCUAUGGCAGUGCUCCACCUGAAUACGACGGUUUAAGCAGUUAUGGAAACCCAAAUACUAAUAGAGUCCCAAACAGACCUACUUCUAGUAACGAAUACAGUCAAGUCUCUAACUCUUAUAAUCAAAACUCUCAAAGUUAUGGGACAAACAAUAAAUAUGAUGUCACUAGACCUUAUAACGAACCAUCAUAUGAUCAGAACUCCCUAUUUGGCAGUCAUCUUGGGUAUGGCACACAUCAUUUAUACGAAAUGUACGGGUUUAGGAAACCCUAUGGAUCCAAACCGCCUCAGAACUCCGGUUAUGAUAAACCGAGUAGUCCUAGCGAAACCGGUUAUGGGACAAGACCUAAUGAAGAAUCAUAUUCUAUAAGACCUGGUAGUUCUGGAAGUAAACCGAGCUAUAGCUCACCGGAUGAUAAUUACGGACAGACUAGUUUUGGGAGUCCGAGCGGUUAUGGUAGCAGUAACCAAGGGACAAGUGUUGGUUACGGGGGCUCUACAAAUAAACCAAGUCUUCACAGUGAAACCGGAUAUAAACCAAACCCUUAUCAAAGACCUAAACCCACUCACGAUAGUUAUGGGGAUAAUAAACCGUCUUACGAGUCAAAACCGGAUGAUAGUUACGGUUCUAAACCGAGCGUUUAUGCCGAUGAGGGUUAUCAAACUACAAAACCGAAUUACAAUGAAAGACCGGCUUUUAAUGAGACUUUAUCCGGUUACGAUUCAGAUAGACCGGAUAUAAAACCGGUUUAUGAAUUUGAAGAAAAACCAGAUGGUCCUAGUUACAUUUCUAGGCCCGAUGGCAACAUUAUUACUACCAGACCAGUGCAAAUAACCGACUAUGAAAAGCAAGGCUAUGGACGAAAUCCCGACUGGAGAUUCUCUAACAAGGGUGAGUUUAUUUUAAUGUAA